AUGAAAUUUUUAAGAACACUACCCCAACCUAUAUACAGUAGACGAAUUUUUAUCCUUUUCCUAUUAUCAACAUAUCUUCUCAUUACAUUAAUAUUCUACGUGAACAAAUUAAACCCUUCUUUAUGCAAUUUCAAUAAGAUUUGCGAUGUGAAAGAAGAGGUAGCUUCUGAGAACACACGAGAAAAAUUUAUAACGUAUUUACCGCACAGCGGAUUGCAUAACCAACGUAUAGCUCUAGAGAACGCUGUAUUUAUGGCGUGGGCAUUAAAUAGAACGCUCAUAUUACCUCCACUUAUACUUGGUGCGCGUUUCCCUUUUCAAGCAUUCGAUAAGCUUGAGAAUUAUUUGAAUUUUCUUAGCAAAGUUAAACAGAAAAAUUGCAUGAACAUGAAAAGCAAAAUGAACUUAACUCAUUGUGAAAAAUUACGUGAUUCUUAUACAUUUUAUAGGUGGGAUCAAUUAUUUGAUUUCACCUUUAUAUCAAGGAAUGUUAAAAUAAUUCACAGGGAUGAAUUAAUCUCGGAGAAUUUGUUCUUAAAAUUCAAUAUGUCAAAUGAUGAAGAACAAGUUUGGAGAAAGUAUGGGAAUGCACAAAAGAAUUCCUUUUAUGACAGUAGAAUGUAUGGUAACAUUAAAUCGUCAAAUAAAUUUUCAAACAAACAUUCCAUAUUAGAGCUACGUGAGCGCGAUGAAGGAUUACUUUAUUUCAAUAGUUUGUUUGGAUCCGCACUGAUUAAACUUGUAAUACCACGAAAUAUCCAAUUCAUGAAGGAGAUAAGAGAAUCAUUUAUAAUCUCAAACCCAACGUUACUUGAUAUCACGAAGAGAAUUUCUGAUGAAUUAGGAGGACGAAUGAAUUAUCUGAGCGCUCAUGCUAGAAUUGGAGACGGAGGGUUCAAAAAACUCAGCCGAAAAUGGAUAAAAAAUUUAAUCAACGAUAUCGUUGAGUAUUUUCAUGAGGAUUCAAAUCUAUCAAAUAGCGCAGAUUGUAAGCAAAACGAUUCCAUGACAUUCUCCAAAAUGUUCUAUCUAGCAUCUGAUGCUCAUUCGAAAGAUGUUCAAGGUUUAAAACCAAUCAUCCAAUUGCUCCCUUGCGCGUUAAUGCUGGAGGACUUUAAAGAUUUGUUAAUUCCGAUGAAUGAACUAGUUAACGAAAGAGACGGAUUAAGGAUGACCAAAUUUUUCAUUCCUAUUCUGGAUUUGAUGAUUGCUGCUAAUGGGAAGCAUGUUUUUACUAUGAGAUAUAGUACAUAUUCCUCAUAUUUGAAGAGGUAUCACCAAUAUUUAACACAAAGUGUUUAA